AAAACAGUCUGUUAAUGUGUCAGUAUGGGGUCCAGUGCACUGCCUCUCAUGCUCUUGCUGAUGUCCUUCAUCCACGCUGGACUCACUCGAGAUUUACCUUCACUGACUGUGACUCCAGACAGUCCUGUAUUCACUGGAGAGACAGUCAACCUGACCUGUGUGAUUGAGUCUAAUCACAGUGACUGGAUAUAUGAGUGGUAUAAAGACAGUGUAAUGUUACAGACGUCUGAUCGUUACACUGUAAACAGAGACACUCUCACUAUCAGAGGAGUAAUUACAUCUGAUCAGGGUCAGUACAUGUGUAAAGGACGGACAGAUGAAGGAACAAUCUCAUCACAAUCAAACUCUGUUUCUCUCACUGUGGAGGGUGAGUUGAAUAUCAUUGUACUGAACUCUCUCUAG